GAGUUGGUUUGACCUGAGGGGGUGUUAAAUUGGUUUGACCUGAGGGGGUGUUAAAUUGGUUUGACCUGAGGGGGUGUUGAGUUGGUUUGACAGGAGGGGGUUUGAGUUGGUUUGACAGGAGGGGGGUUGAGUUGGUUUGACGGGAAUUGUUGAGUUGGGUUGACAGGAAAAAGGUUUGAGUUGAUUUGACAGGAGGGGAGGUUGAAUUGGGUUGACGGGGAGUUUGAGUUGGUUUGACGGGGAUUGUUGAGUCGGGUUGACAGGAGAAAGGUUUGAGUUGGUUUUUAUGGGGAUUGUUGAGUCGGGUUGUUAGAGGAUUGCAGUGAGUUGUGAUUUGGUGGUGCUUUUGCCCUACCUGAUGGGCACCCUAUUGGGGUGAGUCGGUUCCAUCGAGAAGGAAGUUCUAAGCAACGGGGAGGCGACCAGCAAGUUCUCGGAAGGAGCGACCAGGCAGAAGAGACAACAGUCACUGUCAGAUGUUGAGUGUUGAUACCGUAACCUCAAUCCGAGUUGUGAGAAGAUUUUUCACUGUGCUGUGUUAAGAAGCCUGGCAUCAGUGCAGAGAGCACAAGGGUGAAACGUUCACUGCAGCAUUUCCAGGAAUUUAAUCUGGGAUUGGAAGAGGGGAAAUUGGGCGUCUGUCACUUUGUGUGGGUCCGGAGUCACCUAUAGAUCAUUCUGGCAGGUUGCCAUGGCGAUGCUUGGAGGGAGUACAGCAUCCUUUCCGAUGAGUAACCACACAAGAGAGAGGGUUACUGUUGCCAAGCUAACACUGGAAAAUUUCUACAGUAACCUGAUCGCACAGCAUGAAGAGAGAGAGAUGAGGCAGGUGCAAUUGGAAAAAGCAAUGGAGCAGGAAGGACUGGCUGAUGAGGACAAACAAAUGCGGAGGACGCAGCAUGCCCAGAAGGAGACAGAGUUUCUCCGCCUCAAGAGAACCAGGCUGGGUCUGGAUGACUUUGAAUCUCUGAAGGUCAUUGGAAGAGGCGCCUUUGGAGAGGUUCGUCUGGUGCAGAAGAAGGACACAGGACACAUUUACGCCAUGAAGAUCCUUCGCAAGGCCGACAUGUUGGAAAAGGAGCAGGUGGCCCACAUUCGAGCAGAGAGGGACAUCCUAGUGGAGGCGGACAGUGCCUGGGUGGUCAAGAUGUUCUACAGCUUCCAAGACAAGCGGAACCUGUAUCUAAUCAUGGAGUUUCUGCCUGGAGGUGACAUGAUGACGUUGUUGAUGAAGAAGGACACGCUGUCUGAAGAGGAGACUCAGUUUUACAUUGCGGAGACGGUGCUGGCCAUUGACUCCAUCCACCAGCUGGGCUUCAUCCACAGGGACAUUAAACCCGACAACCUCCUUUUAGACAGCAGGGGACACGUGAAGCUCUCUGACUUUGGGCUCUGUACGGGGCUGAAGAAAGCUCACCGCACCGAGUUCUACCGUAACCUCACUCGAAACCCGCCCAGUAACUUCACUUUCCAGGACAUGAACUCGAAACGAAAGGCAGAGACUUGGAAGAAGAACAGACGACAGCUGGCUUAUUCUACUGUUGGCACCCCUGAUUACAUUGCCCCAGAGGUGUUCAUGCAGAAUGGAUAUAACAAGCUCUGUGAUUGGUGGUCGCUGGGCGUCAUCAUGUACGAAACUCUGAUAGGCUACCCCCCCUUCUGCUCGGAGACCCCUCAGGAAACGUACCGGAAAGUGAUGAACUGGAAGGAAACUCUGACAUUCCCGCCGGAGUUUCCAGUCUCUGAGAGAUCAAGGGAUCUGAUUCUGAGGUUCUGCUGUGGAGCUGGGGACAGAAUCGGUGCUGGUGGCGUGGACGAAAUUAAAAACCACCCAUUCUUCGAAGGGAUAGACUGGGAGCACAUCAGAGAGCGCCCAGCGGCAAUUCCCAUCGAGAUAAGAAGCAUAGACGACACUUCCAAUUUUGAUGAUUUUCCUGACUCUGGUAUCUUGCAGCCAGUGCCAAAUGAGUCUGACUCUGACUAUAAAUCUAAGGACUGGGUCUUCAUCAACUAUACCUACAAACGGUUUGAAGGCCUGACGGCCCGGGGGACCAUCCCGUCCUACAUGAAGUCAGAGAAACUAUGAAGGUGCGGCGAUGUUCCAGGGAUCUAUAGCAACCUGACACUUGCCCUCCUGAAGAGAUCCUGCUUCACAUCCAGAACGUCCAAGUUGAUGAAAAUCCCUCUGGAUUAGGAGUUUCUGUGCCACCAGAAUGUAUUUACUAGUGAUGGUCCAGUCUACACCGCACUGUUCCUGGAUCCUCUCCCUUUGCAGUUUUGGCUGUUCGCUCUCUGUCUGGUGCUUCACCACUGGGGAAACAGUCGAAUCGUCGCCAUUCUGCGUCGCUGAAUCAGACGGCAUACUUACAGACAAUUACUUCCGAACUGAGAGGUGGGCAGCAUGGUAGCGAAGCAGCUAGUGGAACACUCUACAGCUCUCGUGAUCAGGGUUCAACUCCCACCCUGCCUGUGAACAGUUUGUACAUUCUCCCUGUGACCGCAUGGAUUUCCUAUGGGUCCUCCAUUUCCCUCCCACAUUCCAAAAAGAUGCGCGGAAUAGUAAAGGUUGGAUAUGGUAUGUUGGCACAGGAAGUGUAGCAACCCUUGCAGGCUGCUCCCAGCACGUUCCUCGCGCUGUGUUGGUCAUUGAUGCAAAUGACGCAUUUACGUCAAUGUUUUCAUGUACGGGUCAUGUCACAAAUAGCCUUUCAUCUUUAAGGGGCAGGUGCCAUUGGCCCAUCGCAGGGCAUUUGAAGGUGACUGGGGAAGCCGGGUGGUUGCCAGGAUCACACUCUCACCUACAAGUCAGAAUCUCGGGAACCUGAGCACCGCCGGCUGACACUCCAGUGCAGUACAGCGGGAAUGCCGCACGGUCCGCGAUUUCGAAGUUCAAAGUAAAAUUAAUUAUCAAAGUACCUGUAUGUGACCAUAUGCAACCCUGAGAUUCACUUUCCUACAGGCAUUCACAGUAAAUACAAGGAAACACAGUAGCGCCAACAAAAAGCUGAACACAAGACCGACAAACAACCGAUGUGCAAAUGCAAAAAAAAAUCCAAAACAAUUACUUGUUUUGAAAUUGAGUGUCCGAUGUGUGAUACUGAACCAAGAUCCUUUCUACUGUCUCAGCAGAUAUGAAAGGUUCUGUGGAAUUACUUAAGGACAGGCCAGACCAUCCUCCCUUGUAUACGGGCUGAAGCAAGCUCAUGAUUAAGUAGAAGGUCUGCUCAGUAACACCCUGCAGCUCUUGGCAUCCUGCGGUGCACAGAAUGGCGUCUACAUGUUCUUGUUUCUGUGAAAGACUUGCAUUAUCUACAUAGAGGUGGACCUUUGGGUCAUUCUAAAUUGGUGCUGGCAAAGUAAGUCUCAUCCCCAGCAUGUUUGUUAAGGAUUCAAGUUGGUUCUUCUGUGAUCACAUCUAGGGGUUCCAGUACCAGUACGGUUCAAAGUAAAUUUAUUAUCAAAGUACACCACAUACAACCCCGAGGUUCAUUUUCUUGUAGGAAUUCACAGUAAACACAAAGAAACACAAUAGAAACAAUGACAGACCGCCACACAUGAUGGACCAACAACCAACAUGCAGAAGCAGAAGGCAAGUUUCCUCACUGCCAAUUCUGUUCACUACCAGAGCUGACUUCACCUUCAGUGAAACGCUCGCUGCUGUGAUUGUAAGAGGGCUGGGCAGAGAUUCCUGGUUUCCUGCUCUUAAUUCCCAGGGCCUUUGGAUUUCAAUAGUUCCCUUUACUGUGUAGGAUAGAGGACCAUAUCAGUAUGUAGGGGUUACAAGGUGCUGCUGGCUAUCUGUGCUCUGGUCUCUGUUGGCUAAAUGCCAUACCGCAGUCUGGCAUUGCCACACGGGGAUAUCGUGUGGUAUUGUGUAUUUAAAAAGAUACCAAAGAUCUUUCCUUGUUGAUCUUAUGUUCUGUUCCUAUGAGUAACUUUGUCUUAUGUGCCUUUAGAAUAUUCUGUAUUGAAAUGUAAAUUUUUUUUAAACAAGUGCAGUAAAGCAGUUUUCUAACUUUU